CACGCUGCAAGACUACGCGCCGAUUACUGCGAGUACGCUGAGGAAAUUCUUGGAGUUUUGCGAGUUAACUUUCGGCACCUAUCAUUCCUUCGAAAUGCACAUGGCUCAACAGAUUCUCAAUAGCAGCACAACGAGCAAAGACGUUGCCUUACCUCAGUCGGAGAUCGUCCGCUUGGCUCCUACGGUGAAUGUGGGAAUGAACGCCUUUCGCAAGGUGCUAGCAGAGAUUAUGGCUUAUAAGUACCUUAAUUCAUCUUGGGAGGCAUCUUUGGCGUUCUCUUAAGGGAAAAUACACUACAUCAAAGAUGCACUCGAUCUCGAAGAUGAGUUUGGGGAAGCUCGUCUAAAGAAAAUGGUUGGAGAGGGGAUUCGAUUUGCGUUUUUGACGUGCUAGACUUUGCGAAAAAAGGUCACAUCUCUCUCGGCAGUAUCUCUUGGCUACAGUUCAUGCGAUUAGAACCCGUAAACACUCUUGCCGCUACAACUAGUAAGACUGACAGCAUGUUGAAAGGGGAAGAACAAGCUGCUGCAACUAGUAAGACCAAGAACAUGAACAUUAAGGCUUCAUCGGGGAAUCCAUCUUCAAAAGCAUCUGGGGACACCUCACUCUUUCAGUGUGGAAAAAAACGCCCAAUUGCUUAGAUGACUUUCAAGAUGGAUUCCUCUCGUAAAAAUCUUCUAAGAACAAGAACGUGAACAAAGUCAAAGACGAAGCUCUUCAUCGCAGCAUAAUUCAAGAUGAAGCGCUGGAGGCAGUUCUACAAAUUGGGAAGUUGAGGCAGUUGGGGCUGGAGGAUAAUAGAGCAGCACCAUUGUGGAAAAAAAUUCAAGCUGCCUCAAGACUCUCCACUCUCGCUCUUGACCAAACAGUUUCGUCGCCUGAGCGUGUGCCAUCAUCUCCAGGUGGAACAAAGACAAGCACUUCGUCACCAGGAAUAAAAACUAUAGGUCGUGGUGAGGAAGCAGGAGAGAUGAGUAAACUGGAUGCAGAACCUUCUAUUAAGACUUUACCCCAGUUGUCGCAUGUUGUCCUUAUUAAAAAACAAUAAUGGUCCUUGGUUAAGUAGUUGAAAAAGAAGUAACAGUAAGUAGCCUCUUUCUCCAAGGAUCCUACUUAUUACUCUCAAACAAGAGGAAGAUGCCAUAAUGCCCUUAAGGCAGUCUGCACUGAACUUCGUGCGAGAUUAAUUGUAUUGUAAAUUGUAUUGUAUCUAAUUCUAGCAACAAAGCUCGGGUUUUGCCAGCGUCUGCGGGUAUGGUCGAC